AUGGGAGGCUUCAUGUUAGGUUCGAAGAAGAAGAAAAACAAUAAAAGCCAAGGCGGUUUUGAAACUAUGGGUUUGAAUCCCAAUGUGUUUAGGGGAGUGAGGCGUAAAGGUUACAAAGUGCCGACUCCAAUUCAGAGGAAGACGAUGCCGCUAAUCCUCUCCGGCGUCGAUGUUGUUGCCAUGGCUCGUACUGGUUCUGGCAAAACGGCUGCGUUUCUUGUUCCCAUGCUUCAUAAGCUUAAUCAGCAUCUUCCUCAGGCUGGCGUUAGAGGACUCAUUUUAUCACCAACUAGGGAUUUGGCUCUUCAGACUCUCAAAUUCACUCAAGAGCUUGGUCACUUCACAGACCUUCGUGUUAGUUUGUUGGUUGGCGGUGAUAGUAUGGAAAGUCAGUUUGUGGAGUUAUCUCAGAGUCCGGACAUUAUAAUUGCCACUCCUGGUAGGCUCAUGCACCAUUUGUCUGAGGUUGAUGACAUGUCCUUGCGUAAGGUGGAGUAUGUUGUUUUCGAUGAGGCUGAUUGUUUAUUUGGUAUGGGUUUUGCUGAGCAGCUACAUCAAAUUCUUGCUCAGCUUGGUGAUAAUCGUCAAACCUUGCUUUUCAGUGCUACAUUACCCAGUGCCCUUGCAGAAUUCGCUAAGGCUGGUCUGCGAGAACCUCGCCUUGUUCGCCUUGAUUUGGAAACUAAAAUUAGCCCUGACCUGAAGCUUGUCUUUUUCACUUUGAGGCAAGAAGAGAAGUAUGCCGCUUUGCUCUAUUUGAUCAGGGAACUUAUUGGUUCUGAUGAGCAGACUUUAAUUUUUGUAUCCACUAAGCAUCAUGUAGAGUUUCUCAACUCAUUGUUUCAUCAAGAGGGUAUUGAGCCUUCUGUAUGUUAUGGAGACAUGGAUCAAGAUGCUCGCAAAAUGCAUGUGUCUAGGUUUAGGUCAAGAAAGACAAUGUUGUUGAUUGUUACUGAUAUUGCUGCUCGAGGAAUUGACAUUCCAUUGCUUGAUAAUGUUAUCAAUUGGGACUUCUCGCCUAAGCCUAAAAUAUUUGUUCAUCGUGUUGGAAGGGUUGCAAGGGCGGGUCGUACUGGUACCGCUUAUUCGUUCUUGACUACCGAGGAUAUGGCUUAUCUCUUGGAUCUUCAUUUGUUUCUCUCAAAACCAGUGAAAGCUGCUCCCACUGAAGAAGAGGUCUUGCAGGAUAUGGACGGAGUAAUGUCAAGAAUUGACCAGGCAAUGGCAAAUGGAGAAACCAUUUAUGGCCGUUUCCCUCAAAAAGUCAUUGACCUUGUUUCUGACAGAGUUAGGGAAGUUAUUGAUACUAAUGCGGAGCUGGAAUCGUUGCAGAGAACCUGUAAAAAUGCAUUUCGUUUAUAUUCUAAAACAAAACCCUUACCCUCAAAGGAAUCCAUUAGAAGAGUAAAGGAUUUGCCACCAGAAGGUCUCCAUCCAAUUUUUAACAGAGUGUUGGGGACGGGAGAGUUAACAGCACUUGCAUUUUCUGAACAUUUGAAAACUUUUAGGCCAAAGCAGACCAUUUUGGAAGCGGAAGGAGAAGCAGCCAAAGCAAAGCGUAGAGCAGGCCCUUCUGGUCAAUGGGUUGAUGUGAUGAAAAGGAAAAGAGCCAUUCAUGAAUCUACUAUAAAUUUGUUUCUUGAACAAAAGUCUAAGAGUACUAGUGAGAAGGAGGAAUUUCAACAGGAACCAACUUCAGCGGGGAAAGGGAGAAAAGCAGCACGUGGUUCUAAGAGAAAGCUAGAAAGUUUCAAGGACGAGGAUAACUAUAUAAGUUCCAUACCUAAAAAUCGUCACAUGGAGGCAGGCCUCGCAGUAAAAGCUAAUGAAGGUUUUUCUUCAAAUAGAUUGGAAGAAGCUGUCCUAGAUCUAGUUGCAGAUGAUGGCACUGGCAUUAAGAAACAAAAAUCCGUGUAUCACUGGGAUAAGAGGAGUAAAAAGUACAUCAAGUUGAACAAUGGUGACCGGGUUUCUGCAAAUGGAAAGAUAAAGACAGAGAGUGGUGCAAAAACAAAGGCCAACAAGACUGGCAUCUAUAAAAAGUGGAAAGAACGCUCACACUCCAAGAUAUCUCUUAGAGGGACAAAUACUGAUGGUGAUGCUCAGGAAUCAACAAGUUCAAAAGGAUCUUACCGAGGAGGUGGUAGGAAUUUUAGAGACGGCAGGAAGCAGCAUUCAAUGCCCAAUGCUCACGUGCGUCCAGAAAUCAAAGAUAUGGAUCAAAUUCGAAAGGAGAGACAGAAGAAAGCCAGCAAAAUUUCUUAUAUGAAGAGCAAGUCACCAAAGGGUAAAAAAUCUGGCAAAAAGGGGGGCAAUAAGGGCAACAAGGGGGGAAGUAAAAGAAGAGGGGGUAAGUAA